AUGAAAUAGGCUUCUCGAUUUGAUAUAAUAAAGAAUGAAUUAAUUUCAAAGAAAAAGUGGAAGGACGAUCAAGAAAUUAGUUAAUGUGGAAUGUGUGAUAAUAAAUUUAAUGCCUUAUUUAGACGUAAGCACCAUUGUAGAAGAUGUGGAUAUAUUUUUUGUUAAGAGUAAAUAGAUAUAACCAUGUAGUUGCUCAAACCACUUUUUUGAUGGGCCUCCUAAUGAAGGCGAGAAAAAAAUUCGAUUUUGCAGACGUUGUUAUGAUAAAAUUAGUUAAUUGAUAGCGGACAAAGGAUUUUUUGUUGAUAAUGAAGAGUCCACUUUGAAAGUAACCCUAAGAAAAGAAGGAAAUUCUCAUUCUAGAAAUACUUCGAAAUAAUUUGAAAGUGUGACCACAUUUACUUCUUCAAAAAGCAUAAUCGCCAAAGGAAAUGAGGUUUAAUAAUUUUAGGAUGAGGAUGACACACUCUUAGAAAUAAAUUAAGAGAAGGAAGACAUAUCUGAAUUUUUGGAAGAGUCUGAAAUUGCAAAAGAUUAAUUACCAAUUUUAUAAGAAAAAAGUGCCUUCUAAUUAGAAAAAAUAUGUGAAUAUAUACUACAGAAUGUUCUUUAGCCAAAUAAAACAUAUGAAAAAGUUAUUGAAUUUUGGAAGUCAAAAAUGAAAACCUUGAUAACUCAGUGUGUUUAAGAAAUUUAAUUUCAUUCUUUAAACACAAAGCUUAUGGAUAUUAAUCAUUUUAUGAAAAUAAAAAUUAUUGAUCACCAUGAUGAAUAAUUAACCAGUUUUUUUCCUGGAGUUAUCUUUCGAAAGAAUGUUGCACUAAAAUAAAUGUAAUCUGAAAUUAAUAAACCAUCCAUCAUUAUAAUUAUUGGGGAUUUUGACAUGGAUGGUUCAUAAAAUCAAUUAGAAGAUUAUAUUUAAAAUGAAAAAAAGCUAUUAGUUGAUUCGAUUAAUUCAAUUUAUAAAAAUUAUGAACCAAAUUUGAUUUUAGUUGAAAAGGGAGCUAACAAAAUUGCAUUGGAUGAGUGUCUCAAGAAAAAAAUAACUGUUUUGACAAAUGUUAAAAAGAAAGUACUUUAAAGAGUUAAAUUGUGUACAAAUGCUAAAUUUAUAAGCCUGUCUAUAUUAAAAUAAUGCAUUGAAAGAAAGGAAUAAAUAGUUGGUACAUGUGAGAAGGUUUUUUUUAAACAGUUUCCAAAAGUUAAUUCUGAAAAAGGGGAAAUAUAAAAGGAUUCAACCUUAUGUUUCUUGAAAAAUUCGUCAUGUUAAAAAUUUGCUACAAUUGCAAUAAGUGGCCCUUCAGAAGAAUUGUUAUCAAAACUAAAACAAUGUUUUAUCGGAUGUGCUAGACUUGGUAAACAUUAAGACUUGGAAUCUCACUUUAUCACUACUGAGUGUUCAAUGUUUAAAAACAACUUAUUAAAAACCAUAUCGAAUUAAGGUAAUUUCACAACAUUUUUAUUUGAAAAGAUUCCUUUAAAAGAAUUAUUCAAUAUAGAAUUAAAAUAUAUUAAGAUCAAUUAUGUUAUUGCUGAUGUUAACAAUUUUAACGACAUUAAAGACUUUUCUAGUUUAGAAGAAUAUAAAUCAAAGCAUCCAUCUUAAAGAGAUAAAUUAGAGGAGUUUUCAAUGGCUCGGAUGUGUAAUAAGCCAUAGGAGAAAAAGUCUGUGUAUUAUCAUGGGGAAGAUGUUUGUUUAGGCUAAUUUAUUAUCCUGAAAAUAGCUAAUAAGGA